CAAAGGCAGCUGCUUUCCAGAGGGACCUGCAAGGAGGCUGUUCUCCCCAGGAGGUUGGUGCCACAGUCCCAUUCUCUGCCCCCUGCUAUGAUCCUGCUUCUCCUCAUGAGCUUGCAAGUGGCCCCACAUGCAGGGGGUCACCCUCUGGACACCCCACACCUUCCACGGGAACUACUGCCAGGACUCUCAAAAGAUAUCAACAUCACAUUCUUUAAUGGGGUGUUUAAAAAUGUGGAAAGUGUGGCUGAAAUUUUUGAAUGCCUGGGCUCCCAUUUCACCUGGCUGCAGGCUGUCUUCACCAACUUCCCUGCUCUGCUCCAGUUUGUGAACGGUAUGCAGUGUGUGGCUGGUCUCUGCCCCCGGGACUUUGAAGACUACGGCUGUGCCUGCAGGUUUGAGAUGGAAGGGCUGCCCGUGGAUGAGUCUGACAGCUGCUGCUUCCAGCACCGACAGUGCCAUGAAGAGGCUGCCGAGCUGGGCUGCCUCCAAGACCCCGCCAAGCUCAGCACAGACAUCAACUGCAUCAGCAAGAGGGUCACGUGUGAGUCCAAGGACGCUUGUGGGCGCCGUCUCUGCGCCUGUGACAAGGCCGCCCUGCAGUGCCUGGCUCGGUCGCAUGUCAACUCCUCCCUGAACCUCCUGGACACCUCCUUCUGUCUGCCUCAGCCGCCAGAGACAACCAGCGGGAUCGAGCUGACGACACUCCUGCCCCGAGUGGUUCCCGUGGAGCCCACAGACGCCAGCCUGACGGCCCUCUCAGGAGAAGUGGCCAUAGAGACCAGCCCUGACCGACUGACCACACUGUCCAGGACAAGACCGAGCCAAGACAGGGAGGAUGUGGGAGCCGCCAAGGCCACACCAGCACCAGAAUCUGCAGAGGUGGUGGCCACAGUGGAAGGUGUAACCAUAGCCCCCACCAGCGUGAAACCUUUGGGCUUGGCUGUGUCACCUGUCAAAAGCCGUCCUGAGGAGACAACUGCCAAAGCCUGUGACAGAUUCACCUUCCUGCACCGGGGCAGCGGGGGCAGCCUGCAGGUGAAGCCUGAGCUCGGGGAGAUGCUCUUCUGUCUGAGCGCCCGGUGCCCGGAGGAAUUUGAGUCUUACGGCUGUUACUGUGGACAAGAAGGACACGGCGAGCCCAGGGACGCCCUGGACAGGUGCUGUUUGAACCAUCACUGCUGCUUGGAGCAGGUGAGAAGGCUGGGCUGCCUGCUGGAGAGGCUUCCUCCGUCCCCGGUGGUGUGCGUGGGCCGCAAGCCCAAGUGUGCGGGGCGCAGCCUGUGCGCCAAGGUGCUCUGCGCCUGCGACCAGACCGCGGCCGCGUGCAUGGCCUCCGCCGUCUUCAACCAAAGCCUCAAGUCACCCGGCGGCGCCCAGUGCCGGGGCAGCCGGCCCCGCUGUGAGCACCAGGAGCGCCCGCGGGCAGGGCCGUCCGCGCUGGCCCCGGGGUCCAGCGCCAGCGCCAGCUCCGAGGACAGCGAGGAAGCCCCGCCCCUCCCCGCCCAGGACAGCGAGGAAGCCCCGCCCCUCCCCGCCCAGGACAGCCAGGAAGCCCCGCCCCUCCCCGCCCAGGACAGCUAG